AUGGAAGACCAGAAGGAGGCUGACAGAAGUGGUAAGAUAUUACUUGUCCCUUCUGUGGGCAACAAUGGAGUUGAAGAUGUGAUUGAAGUAGAUGAUGAACCCGAAGAAGAAUGUCCAGUUAAGUCUGGGAAGCUGGAUGGUUCUGAUGAUACUUCGAAACAAGGAAAAGAGAAGGAGAAGGAGGUAGUGGUUAGCACUAUUCUGAAACCACCACCUCCAUUUCCUCAAUGGUUGAAGAAUAAAAUGAAUGAUGAAAAUUUUAGAAAGUUCAUGGCAAUAUUAAAGCAACUAACAGUGAACGUGCCUUUGGUAGAGGCACUUGAACAAAUCCCAGGAUAUGCUAAAUUUAUGAAGGAUCUGGUGAUGAAGAAGAGGGUAGUAAGAUACGAGCCGAUGGAUAAUCUCCACCAUUGUAGUGCCAUUUCUACACGAUCCUUACUACAGAAGAAGGCCGACCCUAGAGCAUUCACUAUUCUAUGUACAGUCAGGUCUCUCAAUUUUGUUAAGGCCCUAUGUGAUCUUGGGGCGAGCAUAAAUUUGAUGUCGCUAUCCAUGUAUAAAAAUCUGGGUUCGGGAGAUCCUACCCCGAUAAACAUACGGUUGGUGAUGGCGGAUAGGUCUAUAAAGUGGCCAGUAGUAAUAUUAGAUGAUGUAUUGGUAAAGGUGGCCGACGUUAUACUUCUCACUAAUUUUGUAGUCCUAGACUCUGAGGUAGACUUUGAAGUACCCAUCAUUUUAGGUAGAUCAUUCCUUGCGACUGGGAGAGUGGUAGUGGACAUGGAGCUGCAUGAGCUAAAGUUCAGGUUCAAUGACAAAAAAGCAAAAUUCAAAAUGCACUCAUACAUGACACAGCAAAAGGACAUGAGUGUCUUCUCAAUCGUGGAUGUGUCUUAA